UGCAAGCGACCCUCACUUACUCAUCGGUAUGGCGUUGCAACCUUCCCUCCGUGGCCUUGUUAUCGCGGGUACUUGGGACUCGCCACACACCCUUGACAUCUUCCUGGACUACGUCUGUCCAUACUCCGCAAAGAUUGCUCUGGCGAUCGAUGGCGUGUUGAAACCUUUGUUGGGUCCAGGAGGCAAGUACGCAGGGAAGGUCAAGGUCAUCUUCCGCCCUCAAGUCCAGCCUUGGCACGCCUCCUCCACCUACGUCCACGAAGCUGGUCUAGCGGUGGCUCGUGUCGCUCCAGAAAGUUUCUGGACAUUCUCUCUAGCACUUUUCAAGAGACAAGUCGAGUACUUCGACGUCGCGACUUCCACUCAGACGCCUCUGCAGAUCCGCGAGAACCUCGCGGCUCUAGCAGGCGAGACUCUGAACGCGAGCCAGACAGCAGCAUUCAAAAGCCUCUUGGCGAUUCGUUCUGAUCUUGGCCAAAAUGGCGGAACUGACGUCACUGACGACCUCAAGUAUACAGUCAAAUUCGCCAGACAGAAUAGUGUCCAUGUCUCACCUAGUGCACUCUGGGAUGGACUGCUACAAGGCGACGUUUCGAGCUCUUGGGGGGAGAAAGAGUGGUCUGGGUUCCUAGAGAAGAAAGUGAUUGUUUAGGCGAAGUAUUACGUGAGGAGAUUGCAUGAGUAGCUUCAGCAGAGAGCGCGAAAUGAUGUACUUUUAACAACAGCAUACCAGCCGCAUCAAUGCAGCAACUUCAACAAC